AUGUCCAGAACAAAUCAAGAUAACGGAAGUGCGAUUUUAUUAGAUGCAUUUCAACAAUACCAAUUACCUUUACAUCUAAGUGAAGAUGUCAUCGAUCCUGUAGAUGGACAUGUUCAUCGCUUUCAACAUCGCUUACUGGGCGUAUCAUCUGUGCAGUUAGGGGCCAAGACAUUUCCCCAUUGUACUUUUUUUGAGAUGACUGAAUCAGAAAUUAUAGAUGAAGAAAUAAUAAUAAGUCCCGAACAAGCUGAACCUAUGCAUACCAUACCAAAUUCCGAAAAGUUAUGUGAUGGAACAACAUCAUUAAAAAUGGACCUUGAUCCAAAGAAAAACAAUUAUAGUAAACGCUUGAUUCGAUAUGAAAUCAUCUUUACCAACAAAAAGCUAUCCAUGCCAUCUCCUGGACAUAUCUUUUAUAUUUUCCCUCAAGAUGCGGUAACAGAAUGCUUAACCACAGUUGCCCCACACAAGGUUAUAUUCUCGUUCUACCCCUAUCAUUUUACAAGGAAAUCACCAUGUGAAUGUAUUCUAAAAAGAAAAGAUGAUGAUGAUGAUGAUGAUGAUGAUGGGAAAACUUCCUUUAAAACAAAAUUAGAAGAGUUUGCAGCAGUUUGUAGUAAUAGUUGCAGAUUGUCAAUCACGAAUUCAUCUUUACAUAAACCUGAUGAAAAUGUUCAUGUUAACAACAUGUUAAUUUCCAAUGUAUCUUCGGAACUAUUUCUUGCUAUUAAGCAAAUAGUGCUUGCCUAUGAAACAUUAUGUCAAAAUAUGAUGGAGCUUAUGAAAUUUCAUAAUGAAAAAGUAACUCAUCAUCGAUCAGAAAUGAUGUGCAUUGAAACAAAUAUAUCAUCAUCUACUCAACUAAAGGAAAAUGAUGAAGAGUAUUUAGAUAAAGAAGAACAUGAUAAAUUAAAAUUAAAGCCUUCUUCUUCUACUACUACUACUUCUACUGCAAAAGUGAAAACACAUAGAACACAAACAAAUAAUAAUAAUAAUAACAAUGGUAUUAAAAAGUGUCUAUAUUGUGGAUCAAAAACAACCCCUAUGUGGCGUAGAGGACCCGAAGGAGCAGGAACGUUAUGUAAUGCUUGUGGAGUAAAAUGGAAACAUGGUAAGAUUCUAAAUGGUAGUGAUAAUAACUAUAUUACGAUUACAUCUGCAACAAACACGAUGACAAAGAGAACGACAAACAAGACAGAAAAGAAAAGAAAGAGAUCAAAUGCAUUUAUAUCUUAUAAUAACAAAGAUAUUCCAGCUACUAAAAAGAAAGGACAUGAUUCAUUUGCUGCGCCUACACCUAAAAGAAGAGAAUCAGGGCAUGGCAAUAGAUGGGAAAAUCAAAGCAGUAGUAGUAGUAGCAUAACAACACCUUCUUCUUCUUCCGUAUCUGAUUCAUGUAGCCCUCUUGACACUUCUUCAGAACCAAAUUCGUUACUGGAACAACAUCAUCAAAAUCAACUUGCUGAUAAAAGAAAUGUAAUAAUGCAUCCAUCCACAUCCACAUCUACAUCCACAUCUUCUGCUUUUAUGGCAUAUGAUACACAAACAUUAUCUGUUUAUGUUGGUGAAGAUGCAGUUGAAGCAGCUGCUGUUCUUACGCUUUUAAAAAGAAGUUAA